AUGCGCAAGACCCGGAAAGUGAGUGAGCGCCGCGGCCGGCGCAGGGGCGGGGAUGGGGGGCGGGGAUUCCUUCCCGGGGCGGGGGCCGGGCCGCGGGAGGUGCUUCCCAGAGACCUGCAGAGCCGGGUUCCCCGAGCCGGAGGCGGCGAGGCGGGGGGGGCUGCGUCUGACUCCCGGGACGAGGGAGGGAGAGAGGGCUGGAGGUGCGCCCUCGGGGCAGGGGUCCAGGACCUGGGCGCUGGAGAGUGUGUUGAGAGCGCGGGAGAUGCGGCGGGGCCAAAAGGGGGUGGGGGGUUUGCCUUCCCGGAUUGGGCCUACAAGCCGGAGUCGUCCCCUGGCUCAAGGCAGAUCCAGCUGUGGCACUUUAUCCUGGAGCUGCUGCAGAAGGAGGAGUACCAGGGUGUCAUCGCCUGGCAGGGGGACUACGGGGAAUUCGUCAUCAAGGACCCCGACGAGGUGGCUCGGCUCUGGGGCAUCCGAAAAUGCAAGCCCCACAUGAAUUAUGACAAGCUGAGCCGGGCCCUGCGCUACUACUACAACAAGCGGAUCCUCCACAAGACCAAAGGCAAGAGGUUCACCUACAAGUUCAACUUCAGCAAAGUCGUGCUUGUCAACUACCCACUGUUGGACGUGGCAGCAGCCACCACGGGCUCUCCACUCUUGCUGACCCCUGGUCCCUUUGCGGGAGCCCCUGGGCCAGAUGCUCCUCCCCUCACCCCCGAGACCCUGCAGACCCUGUUCUCUGCCCCACGCCUGGGAGAGCCGGGGGCCCGGGCGCCCCUGUUCACCCCCGAGACAGACAAACUGCGUCUGGACAGCCCUUUCCCGUUCCUGGGCUCUGGUGCCACCGGCUAUUCCAAGCCCCCCGGCCUGCUGGGUCCCUUCGGCCGCGCCUUCCCAGAGCACCCCUGGAACUUUAGCCCCUACCUCACCGGCCCCUUCCCCAAGCUGCCCCCGCCUCUCUACCCCCCCCACUUCUACCCCAACCCUCUGGCCAGUUCCCUGGGCCACCUGCCCUCAGCAGGGGCAGGGGGAAGCCCCACCGCUGCGCCCCUGCUGGCUGCCACCGCAGAGGGCCUGGGCCCCGAGCGCCCCUCGGGCCUGGCAGCAGCCCCUCGCCUGGCACUGCCGAGGGCUGGGGGCCCAGAGGCCACGCUGGGGGGGAAGGACAGCGACUCGGAGCUGGAGAUUACCGACGUCAGCGGCUGCAGCUCUGACAGCGAGGGCGAGGAGGGCCUCCCCGUGCCCCCCAAGGCCAAGGCGGGCAAAGGGGGUGUCGGCAGCUGA